AGCUUGCUCUUCUUUGCCUAUAAAUACUCUCUCAGCUUGUUCUAUGAUCACAUUCACAGUUAUCUCCAUAUUGCUUUUGUGCCUUUAAUAUGGCUGGGAUUGUAGUGGUUUUUGACUUUGACUCCACAAUCAUCGAGUGUGAUAGUGAUAAUUGGCUACUUGAUGAGUUUGGUUUAACUGAGAAAUUCUAUCAGCUUCUUCCUACCACGCCUUGGGGUUGGAACCCUCUCAUGGAUAAGAUGAUGAAUGAACUUCAUUCACAAGGAAAAACCAUUGAAGACAUUGUUGAAGUUCUGAAAAGGACACCUAUACAUCCUUGCAUUGUUCCAGCCAUUAAGGCAGCUCAUUCCCUCGGGUGUGAGCUGAAGAUUGUGAGCGAUGCAAAUAUUUUCUUCAUUGAAACAAUUUUGAAGCAUCAUGGGGUGAGGCAUUGUUUCUCAGAGAUUACUGCAAACCCCAGUUUUGUUAAUGAAGAAGGGAGGCUCAGAAUUGGCCCCUACUAUGAUUAUCUGAAAUCUUCUCAUGGAUGCAGUCUAUGUCCACCAAACAUGUGCAAGGGAUUGGUGAUGGAUAGGAUCCAAAAUUCACUUGAUGCUGCAGGAAAGAAGAAAUUCAUGAUCUAUCUUGGAGAUGGAAGUGGAGACUUUUGUCCAAGUUUGAAGCUCAAAGAUAGUGAUUAUUUGAUGCCUAGAACAAACUUCCGAUUGUGUGAUUUAGUAUCUAAAAACUCCAAUGCCAUAAAGGCAGAGGUACAUGCUUGGAGAGAUGGGGCAGAGCUUGAGAAUGUUCUGCUCCAUAUUAUCAACAAAACUAUCAAUGGUGAAGGAUCAAACGGCACAAGUGGUUCUACUCCAAUAAUUUCAGUGGAUUGCAAGUUUGGGACAAUUUCAAUUGAUGGUCAUAACCCAUUCCCUAAAGCCCUUUCAGUUCCUAUUUAACUAGGAAACUAGAAUUGCAGAGGAUAAGUAUGAUAUCAUAACUAUUGUGUUUCUUAUCAAUAAUCAGCUUCUGCACUUUCUUUUACUGUCUUUGGUUAUGCAUAAAAUGUACGAAUAAAGAAUAAGUGUAUUAUUUAAUAUUAUUAUGCAUCAAGAUUAAUGCCAUUUAUUCCUGUUUUUGAAAUAUGAAAUAAGACUAUUGAAUAUUGUUGUUCAA